UUUUUGACACAGAAGGCGGAAGUUUUUGUUUUCACUUUCACUUCAAGUAUUUGAAUGCGGGUCUUCGAACACUUUGGUGAAUGUGAAUCCCUGUAGCGGAAUUUGAUUGCCUUAGUGUAAAUAAAGGCCACCACCACAGAACUGACCUCCUGAAACUGAAGAUGAGUGCUGAUCAGAAAUCAGAAAACCCUGGUGGUUUCUUUGAAAUCGACCGUCGGGUUUUGACUGAACUGGAGAAGAAAAGGGAUGAAGAGAGAAGAGCAGAGAAGAGGAAGAUGAAGGUGCAGAAGCAGAGAGAGACUCUCAGAUCAGCAGCAGGUGGAGUUCCACACAUCUCAGACAUGAGGAUCGUGCUGCUGGGAUACAGAGCUGGUGGGAAGAGUUCAUCAGGAAACACCAUCCUGAACAGAGAGGAGUUUGGUGCCUCAGGAAGAACAGCUGAGUGUGUGAAGAGAGAAGGAGCAACAGCAGGGAGACGCAUCACUGUAGUGGAGGCACCAGGAUGGUGGCUGAACUACACUGUAGAGGAAACUCCUGAACGUGAUAACCGAGAGAUUGUCCUCAGUGUGUCUCUGUGUCCUCCAGGACCCCAUGCUCUACUCCUGAACAUUAAUGUGAAUGAGCCAUUCAUAGAGAAAUAUAGAAGAGGAGUGCAGCAACACAUGGAGCUGCUGGGUGAGAGAGUCUGGAGUCACACUAUAGUGCUGUUCACCAAAGGGGACUUGCUGGGAGACACAAGCAUUGAGCAGCUCAUUGAGACUAGAGGAGAGGCUCUGCAGUGGGUUGUAGAGAAAUGUGGGAACAGGUAUCAUGUUGUAGACAAUAAGAAGAGUGAUGGUGUCCAGGUGACAGAGCUGCUGGAGAAGAUAGAGGAGAUGGUGGCAGGAAAUAGAGGCCAUCAGUUUGAGUUUGAUACAGAAAGAUGUAAAGCGCUGCAAGAGAAGAAGAGGGAAGAAGAGAGAAGAGCAGAGGAGAGGAAGAUGAAGGUGCAGAAGCAGAGAGAGACUCUCAGAUCAGCAGCAGGUGGAGUUCCACACAUCUCAGACAUGAGGAUCGUGCUGCUGGGAUACUACAGAGCUGCUGGGAAGAGUUCAUCAGGAAACACCAUCCUGGGCAGAAAGGAGUUUGGUACCUCAGGACGUGCAGCUGAGUGUGUGACGAGAGAAGGAGAAACAGCAGGGAGACACGUCACUGUAGUGGAGGCACCAGGAUGGUUUUAUGACUGCACUGUAGAGCAAACUGCUGAACGUCAUACGCGAGAGAUUGUCCUCAGUGUGUCUCUGUGUCCUCCAGGACCCCAUGCUCUACUCCUGAACAUUAGAGUGGAUGUGUCAUUCACAGAGAGACACAGAAGAGCAGUGCAGCAACACAUGGAGCUGCUGGGUGAGAGAGUCUGGAGUCACACUAUAGUGCUGUUCACCAGUGGGGACUUGCUGGGAGACACAAGUAUUGAGCAGCACAUUGAGAGUGGAGGAGAGGCUCUGCAGUGGGUUGUAGAGAAAUGUGGGAACAGGUAUCAUGUUGUAGACAAUAUGAAGAGUGAUGGUGUCCAGGUGACAGAGCUGCUGGAGAAGAUAGAGGAGAUGGUGGCAGGAAAUAGAGGCCAUCAGUUUGAGUUUGAUACAGAAAGAUGUAAAGCGCUGCAAGAGAAGAAGAGGGAAGAAGAGAGAAGAGCAGAGGAGAGGAAGAUGAAGGUGCAGAAGCAGAGAGAGACUCUCAGAUCAGCAGCAGGUGGAGUUCCACACAUCUCAGACAUGAGGAUCGUGCUGCUGGGAAUCAGAGCUGCUGGGAAGAGUUCAUCAGGAAACACCAUCCUGGGCAGAAAGGAGUUUGGUACCUCAGGACGUGCAGCUGAGUGUGUGACGAGAGAAGGAGAAACAGCAGGGAGACACGUCACUGUAGUGGAGGCACCAGGAUGGUUUUAUGACUGCACUGUAGAGCAAACUGCUGAACGUCAUACGCGAGAGAUUGUCCUCAGUGUGUCUCUGUGUCCUCCAGGACCACAUGCUCUACUCCUGCUCAUCAGAGUGACUGUGUCAUUCACAGAGACACACAGAAGAGGAGUGCAGCAACACAUGGAGCUGCUGGGUGAGAGAGUCUGGAGUCACACUAUAGUGCUGUUCACCAGUGGGGACUUGCUGGGAGACACAAGUAUUGAGCAGCACAUUGAGAGUGGAGGAGAGGCUCUGCAUUGGGUUGUAGAGAAAUGUGGGAACAGGUAUCAUGUUGUAGACAAUAUGAAGAGUGAUGGUGGCCAGGUGACAGAGCUGCUGGAGAAGAUAGAGGAGAUGGUGAUGGCAAACAGUGGAGAACACAGUAUGGAUAGACCUCCUAGAUUUAGUGAAGGUCUACCUGAUGACUGCUCAGCAGGUGAUUCUGCAUAUGGCUCCACUACUAAACCAACAGCUGAACCUGAGCUCAUGAAGGCCUUUAAGCAGCUCAGCACUGCUGCCUCUACUCAGAGCUCUGGGAUUGGCUCAGCUGACACAGGGGAGAGGAGUGGAUCUGGUGAGACAGGGGAGAGGAGUGGAUCUGCUGAGAAGCCUUCACCCAUCAUCCCACCAAUCAGAGUAAACACAAAUGGGGCUACAGCAGGACAAUGGAAGACACCGUCUAGACCAACACAUGGAAAAACACUUACUGCUAAGAGCAAAGGCUACCCAGUGACAAAUCCUUUUGUGGAUGAAACUACAAUUGUUGUAGAUUAUACAGCAUGUAUUGGACAUGGCUCUUAUGGAACAGUUCACAUGGGGUCUUAUCAGGGAACACCUGCGGCUAUAAAGAUUAUACCAGUAGGAGACAAUCCAGUGACAACAAAUGAAUUCAUCAUACCUGGGCGUUUGUCUCACCCCAAUGUUGUACGGAUGAUGGCUGUAGCCAAAAGUGAGACACAGAUCCUCAUUGCUAACGAGUACAUCCAUGGUGCCAAUCUGCAUCAGAUUCUUCAUACAGACACUCCUAUUAAGCUGCAACCUGAAGAUAAGCUGUUUGUGGCUUUAGAUAUUGCCCUGGCUGUUCAGUACAUACAUGGAAGAAAUGUCAUUCACCAAGAUCUCAAGCCAGCAAAUAUAAUGAUUGCAGCAGAUAACAAGAAGGCUUACCUGACUGACUGGGGCUUGGCGAACCUGAAGGACACCAUAUCGAUGGCGAGAGGAAGCAGUCAAGCAGGGGCUCACUGUGCCCCACUGGGAGGAACCCCUCCCUACAUGGCCCCAGAGUGCCUAGUGGACUGUGAGGACUGCAGCACCAUGUCUGACAUGUGGUCUCUUGGCAUCACUCUUCUGGAGAUGUUCACCAACUCUAAGGCCUGGUCGCACAGUAACCUGCGUGAGCUUCGGAAACUUCUUUUCAAACAAACAUCUCCUCAUGCUCUGUCUAAAUUGCAGCCUGCUCUUCAUGAUAUUGUGAAACCACUGAUAGAAUAUGAACCCAAGUCCCGCAUGAAUGGCAAAGACCUGGUGGUACUGUUGAAGUCAAAGGUUGAUGUCACCAAAAGAUAUGGGUUCAAAUGGUAAAGAAAGUGAAAGAUUGAGACGUAAUUUCAGCUGUUGCGUAUUUGCAUUAUUAGAAUUACUGAUACUGAAUGCAGAUUGAUGACUACUGUAAAAACAGUCCUGUUUAAAGCCAGCUCAGUACAACACGGUAUUUUAUAGUCUAUGUAAACACCCCAAGAACUGUGUUCAAGCAACAGGCUUGGCCCAAAGUGUAAACGACUAAAGAGACACAUACUGUAUACAGCAGAGAGCUAUGCCAGUGGCAUUUGAGAAGAAAGUUGGACCUCUUGUGUGACUAGUUUGUCAAAAUGACAUUCCUCCAGAUGUAAAAUAAGCAUAGGCCUAGACUGGAUUGUGUGAACUUUAAAGUCUACCGGUGAGUACCGAUGAGUGUCUUUGUGGAUGUCUAGAGUCUUUAGAAGCCAACAUUUACAAGAUAAUCUAUUUGUUUAUAUUUUUAUGACAAUAAUUUAGAUGGAGUAGUUUUGUGUUAUUUUUUAAGUGUUCUGAAGUAGCCGUAUGCUUGUAAAUUAAACUGCACAAUGGAUUCCGUUUUUGCAAUUAACUUAAAAACAAAUGCUUAAAGGGAUAUUCCGCCAUUUUUGGAAAUACGCUCAUUUUCCA